CUUUCUGAUCUGUUGUUUCCCAUCGUAGCACGCACGAGGAUCUACAGCAAGAAGACAGGACGAGCGACUAAGCUUACUUGCAUAGUCUUUUGUUUGAGUUUUUUACUUGAUAUAUCUUAUCUGAGUUGUUGAUCGAAAUUACGAAAUAUCGAGCAGAUGCCGUCAAGAACUGAGGGAACGCGAAGGUCGACACGCACGCGCGGAGCGGGUUUGAAAUCCGCAGAGACGGUCGUGGCGAGUGACGACUCUUCAGACGAGGAGAUGCGCGAUGUGAAUGAGGAUGAGGAGAGUGGGUCUGCUAGCGAGGGAGAAGAGGUCGCGACGAGGAGAACGCGUCGUCGUAAGUCUAGCGCGGCGGAGUCGUCUGUUUCGUCGAAGAAGUCGGCGGCGAAGCGGAAACGGGCUGCUGCUGUGGAGGAAGCCGAAGAAAUUGAAGAGGACGGGUCCGGGGAGGAAGAUGAGGAUCCUGAAGAAGAAGAAAUAGACGAAGAAGAGGAAGAGGAGGAGGAGGAAGAAGAAGAAGAGGAGGAAGAUUUUCAACCUCAGCGCCGGGGACGAGGUCGUCCGCCGAAGAACGCGUCUUCAAAGCCAGCGGCGCCCAAGAACUCGCGUAAGAAAGCACGGGUUAGCACAGCCAGCCAGCCCAGCUCUCCUAGCUCAGGCCAUGAGAACGCGUUGUUUGAGGCGAUUAAGGAUCCGAAUACAGCUGUGGGCGAGACAGCGUACGAUUGGGUGCAGAGUUACGAGACUAACAAAGUCGAGGCUCUGAAGGAGAUUGUCAAUUUCAUCCUGCGUUGCUGCGGUUGCGACGCGUCGAUCACGGCUUACGACGUCGAAGACCAAGACUCUGCGACUCAGACGCUCGCGCAGAUUCAAGAAGUCUUUGGAAAGAAACCGGUUGCCGAUUAUCCGCUCUCGUCGAAGAAACCCGAGUUCAAGAAAUUCAGAUCGAGUCUCGUCAAGUUCUUUGGCGAGCUUGUUGAGAAGAGUGCCGAUCGUGAGGUGCUGUACGACGACGACUCGCUCAUGGAAAGUCUGCAGAUCUGGAUCGCGGCAAUGUCUAGCUCGACUCUUCGCUCAUUCAGACAUACGUCUACCACGAUCGGUCUAAGCAUGCUUUCACGCCUGUGCUCGAUUGCGGCGAGUAUCGCAAAGACGACUGGAAACUCAGCCAAGCUUCUCGAACGCGAAAAGGCAAAGCCAAAGCCCGCGAAAGCCAAGCUCGAUAAACUGCAGGCGACUGUAGAUGACUAUGCGCAAAAGAACGAGGUCAUCGACGGCUUGAUCCGCGACAUGUUCGCGACGAUCUUUGUGCACCGAUACCGCGAUAUCGAUCCCAAGAUCAGAACCGAGUGCAUGCGCGAGCUCGGCAAGUGGAUGGAAACCUUCCCGGACGUGUUUUUCGAGGGCCAGUAUCUGCGCUACAUGGGCUGGAUGCUUUCGGACGCCAACGGCGGCACGCGGCACGAAGUCAUUCGUAAUCUCACAAAGCUGUACAAGGAUAACUACUACAUCGGCGGCCUCCGCCAGUUCACCGAGAGAUUCCGUCCUCGUCUGGUCGAGAUUGCGACGCACGACGUCGAGCAUUCCGUCCGGAUCGCGGCGAUCGAGCUCUUGGACGUCAUCCGGGCGGUCGGAUUCCUAGAGCAGGAAGAUAUUGACGAGGUCUGCGGUCUUCUUUUUGAUAUCAAUCCCCGUGUACGCAGGGCAGUCGUGCCGUUCUUCUUGGCGAAUGUCAAAGAAGUUGUCUCUGAGCGCCUGGCCAGCAUCGGCGACAUCAAAAAGAUCCGCGCGUACCUCGCCGGCGAGCUCGAGAGUGACUUCGAGGAGGAUGAUGAGGAAGACGACGAGGAAGACGGGAAACCGAGCGGAGCGAGAGAGAUUCAAAAGUCUUGGUUUAGUCUGAAGGUCAUUGCCGAGACUCUGCAGUCUUACAGCGAGUCCGAGAACGUCGGCGAUCCGCUCUCCGUGUCGAAAUGGGAGACGUUGAUUAACGGGAAAUCAGAGUCGAGAUUGUCAGUAGCCUCUCGAUCGCUCUGGGAGUCUUUGAAUUCGUUGCCGGAAUGGACGGAAGUUAUCAAGUACGCGCUAUUCGACACCUCUGUCCGUGAGACCGACGACGACGACUCGAUCGGCACCAAAAUCAAGCGCGAGCUAGCGCUCAGCUCUGCGCAGGAGUACGUCGUGCUCGAGAUGGCUAUCGGCGCCGUGCAAGCCGCGCUUGCGUCCGCGCGGACCGCGACGGCGGGUACGGCGGAGAAGAAGCGCGGGAGGAGAAUGAAUGUGGAGGAGAAGGAGAACUCUGUGAAGAAGAUCUCGGACGAGCUUGUGCCGAUGAUUUCACGGAUUUUGAAAAAGUUUUCGGCGGAUCCGGAUUCAGCGGGGGAUAUCAUGCGUCUUCAUAAUUGCAUCGACUUGCAGAGUUACCAGGUCAUGCGACAGAAGCAGGUGUAUGAGGAUACCUUGAGCGAGUUUUGCAAGCUAUUUAUGACGUUUGACAGCUCUUCGCUUGUGCGAGAGUUUAUCGGCACGAUCAUCAACGGCCAGAAGAACGAGUACCUGUCCGACACGGUCGAGUCACGAACCCGAGACCUGGUGGACGAGCUCUGCGACGGGUUCCGCAGCGCGACAAAGAUCUACGGCGAUCUUGCGACGGACUCGAUUGGAAAUGAAGAAUGGCCUGCGAUUGCAAAGGUGCUGGGGAGACUUAUGCAUCUUGCGGCGGCGGUCAAUGUGACUGAGGCAUUGCAAUAUAAGCCCCGCGAGGCGGAUAAGACGAUGCUUGAUCUUCUCAUUGCGCUGGCUCAGCGGGGUGAUAAGGUUGAGUCGACGCAGGAGACAGAGGUGGUUAUGGCUGCUGUGUCUACGCUUCGGUAUUUUGUCCUGUGGAAGACGCAGCACGCCAUGCUUAUGCAUUCCGCCGUCUCUCUCCGCGACUUUGAGACGGCCUACGACGACAUCGUAUCAGUCUACGAGCGCAUCAUCCUCUCUGACGCGCCUCAGGAGCUCGGUCAAUCCACGGUGCUGUGUCUGGUCGAUAUUCUCUCGGCCGUGGGCGUGAUGCUGAAGAGGGAGGGGUUCAGUGUCGGUCUGGAGACGAGGAUGUCGAGUGUUGCGCAGAAGGCGACGAUGAAGAUGUUUUUGGCGCGCGAGAAGGCGCUUGCGAAGGUGGCGAAGGUGAAGGUGCAGAAAAGUAGCGUGCUGCAGUCGCUUGAUAAGAUCAUGGCGGAUGCAGAGUCUGCUAAAGUAACCGAUGAGCAAGAGCAGGAAGACGUCUCCGACCUCAGCGAAGCCGACUCCGAGCCUGAAGCAGACGAGAACAACUCCGACGAUGAGAACGACUCCGAAGCCGAAGCAGACCAAGCGGACGUGACGAGCAAAGUGUCGGAAAAAAUCGAGACCGAGAUCAAGUUGUGCGAGAUUGGCGGGCGCGUGGUGCGCGGGAUCUUGACGGGCACGAUCGAUAGGAAGUACGCGCGGCGGGUCGCGUUGAAUGCGAAGCCGCUGGGGCCUGCGUUUGUGAAGAUUGUGGGCGAGCUUGCGCCUGUGUUGAAGAUGUAGCGGUUGUGCAAGAAGAUGAUGUAGUGUGGGGUGGGGUGUGUUGCAGUGCGGUGUAUAGUAGGCUCGCGUGUGUGUUUAUGGAUUAUUGUUUGUUUGUUUAGUGGUUGAUUGCAGUAAUGAUAUAAUAGCGUACAAUAAAAUGCUCUCUACACAA